AAACGCACGCGAUUUGAACAUUACAUCCAGGCAACUUUUAUUAGAGCGAAUAAAUUUACAUACAGUAACUCAAAAUAAUUGUUUCGUUAACUGAAGCUUUCGUUAUUAUAAAUACUUAUUAAGUUUAUUAAAGUAACGGAGGUAGUCCCCGGAAAAUGGUAAUCCAUCAAAAUUUAAUUAUUAUGCUGAGUUUUCUUUUUGGCUAUUGCUUCGCUGGAAAUUUACUAACGGUUGAAACUCAAGGUGGAAAAGUGCGUGGAUUUUAUAAACAAACCGUUAAAAGUAAAAGAUACAUAGCAUUUGAAGGGAUUCCAUACGCCAAGCCGCCGAUUGGAAAUCUGAGAUUUGAACCACCGCAACCCUUUGGUAAAUGGAACGGUGUUUUAAAUGCCAACACUACAUAUAUCUGUUCUCAAGUGUUGUUUGUGCAAAACUUAAAAUUAGGACAAGAAGACUGUUUAUAUCUAAAUGUGUAUGUGCCGAAAGAGACAAUAGAUGCGAAUGCAAAUUUGAGUGUUAUCGUAAAUAUUCACGGUGGUUCUUUUAUGAUAUUAUCUGCUAAAUUGGGAGCUGGAGAAGAUUUUGUUAUGGAUAGGGAUGUAAUAUAUGUAAAUCUAAAUUAUCGGCUUGGAGUACUUGGUUUCCUGUCAACUGAUGAUGAAACAGUACCAGGUAACAUGGGGCUCAAAGAUCAAAAUGUUGCAAUGAAAUGGGUCAAAGACAAUAUAAAAUAUUUUGGUGGAAAUCCCGAUUCCAUUACGUUAAUUGGUUGUUCUGCUGGUGGUGCUAGUGUUCACUAUCAUUAUUUGUCCCCUUUAUCUAGGGGUAAGGGAUUAUUUCAUCGUGGGAUGUCUCAGAGUGGAACAACAUUCAACACGUGGGCUUUUAUCCAAAAGCCGAAAGAAAGACUAACGGUUUUAGCGAAUCAUUUAAAUUGCUCGCAGAUGUCCGGUAAAACAGUGAUUGAUUGCUUGAAGUACCUGCCAGUCAAAGACAUACUUAAGGCACAAAUGAAACUUUUUAAGGUGGCCUCGACUUAUCCCACAACUCUGUUCGGUCCUGUGAUUGAUAAAGGACCAAACGCUUUCUUACCCGAUCAUCCGUAUAAGUUGAUCAGUUCCGGAAAUUUCACGCAAGUUCCGUGGAUUACCAGCAAUACAAUAGAUGAAGGCGUAUAUCCCAUAUUACCAAUCGUUAUAUUAAAUAAACUUCAAGAGUUCGACGAAAAAUGGAAUGAUCAGUUACCGUACGUUCUGAAUUAUGCUCAGUCAGCAAAUAAAACCGAUUGGCCUAUAAUUUCGAAAAAGAUACGUGAUUAUUAUUUAGAAGAUAAACCUGCAACAAGGGCCCUCAGUGAACUAGUUAAGCUUUGCAGUGAUCGAUAUUUUCUUUAUGAUACAUACAGGGCAUUAAAAUUACAUACCCAAAAUUCUGUAGCGCCAGUGUAUUAUUAUCGAUACAGUUUUGACGAUGGAAUACCAACAAUGGGUGUCAAAGGAGUAGCGCACGCAGAUGACUCAAAAAUUGUUUUUCGAAUGAUUAAUGUAUCUAGAAAGUUACCAGAGAAAACGGCAGCAAUGAGAGAUACACUUUUGGAUAUGAUUUAUAAUUAUGCAACGACAGGUAAACCUACAAUAAAUAAUCAGGAGUUUCCCGCUUUUAAAAAGUCCGCCGGAAGUUUACUGAUUAAUAUCAAGUCUUCAAACAGCGUAACUAUAGAAAAGUUUAAAGAAUUGGAAAGCGAUUCGUUUUGGUACAAGUUGCCUAUUAUAGAGAAUGAAAAGUUAUUUACAUCCUAGUUUAAACAUUAAUUUUAAUGUUAUAUACUGUAACAUAGAUUGUAUUGUACUUAUUAGGCAUGUAUAAUAAAUGCAUAAAAA